AAUUGCCUUCUCUCAUCUCCCUGCGACAGCAGUGGUACACGGAGAGGGAAGGAUAAACAGAGCCAUGGUUUCCUGAAGCUCCAAAAGCGGCUAGCCGCAAGCGUGCUUAAGUGCGGGAAAGUGAAGCGGAAUGUGCUUACAUCAGAAGGGGAAGGUGUGGCUCGAUCCCAACGAUGUCAAUGAAAUUUCCAUGGCGAACUCCCUGUCUGUCGUUUGGUGCCCUUUCUGAUUGAUGAUUUUGUUGGAUAAAGAGCUUAGUGAGCUCUUGGUAAGCUUCAUGUCCUUUACCAUUUGCUGGCGCUAGAAAUCUUCCACAAGCUGUCUGUUAAUUUCCUUCUCUCUCUCCUGUCGGCGACAUUUCUCCCAGACAACGCCUCUCUCCCCCAUUUCACUGACGAGUGCCGGCAGCCCAGUCGGCUCCUUUCUCUCUCCAGUCGACUAUAAAUCUUCUCUCUCCCCAGUCAGCCAUAUCUCCUUCUCUCUCUCUCCAGUGUGGCGACAUCUCCCACUUCCCAGUCGGAGACAACUCUUCCCUCUCCCCGUCGGCAUCGGGACAUCUCCUUCUCUCUCCCCAGUCGGUGACAUCUACUCUUUCCAAUUGACGCUUCUCUCCCCCACUUCACUGACGACUGCCGGAGACAACCCUUGCCUCUCCCCAAUAGGUGUCGGCGACAUCUCCUUUGACUGGAACUCUCUUCAGGAUUUAGUUGAAGAAAAUGGCGAUGGGGGUUGUGGUUCGUCGCCUCUCUCGGGGAUCGACGACUUCGCAGACGGUGGUUUCAUUGAGUCAUGCGAGCUGGAGGUUGUAUUCUACGGCCUUCAGGGAAGAGCGAGACACUUUUGGACCCAUUCAAGUUCCCGCUGAUAAGUUGUGGGGUGCACAAACUCAAAGAUCAUUACAAAAUUUUGAAAUUGGCGGCGACCGUGAGCAGAUGCCGGAACCAAUCAUUCGUGCCUUCGGAAUUCUUAAGAAGUGUGCUGCCAAGGUGAACAUGGACUACGGACUUGAUCCAUCCAUAGGGAAGGCUAUAAUGCAAGCUGCUCAAGAGGUGGCUGAAGGGAAGCUAAAUGAUCAUUUCCCACUUGUUGUAUGGCAGACCGGCAGUGGCACUCAGAGUAACAUGAAUGCCAAUGAGGUUAUUGCCAAUAGAGCAGCUGAGAUUCUUGGACAUAAGCGUGGUGAAAAGUUUGUACAUCCAAAUGACCAUGUGAACAGAUCACAGUCUUCUAAUGAUACCUUCCCAACUGUAAUGCACAUUGCAGCUGCAACGGAAAUAAAUUCAAGACUAAUACCAAAUUUGAGAAAUUUGCACACUGCACUACAUUCAAAGUCUACUGAAUUCAAAGAUAUCGUCAAAAUUGGGCGUACACACACUCAAGAUGCAACACCUUUAACUCUCGGGCAAGAGUUUAGUGGCUAUACCACACAAGUAAAAUAUGGAAUUGAUCGGAUAUUGUGUACUCUACCCCGCAUGUAUCAGCUUGCACAAGGUGGAACUGCUGUUGGAACUGGUUUGAACACAAAGAAGGGAUUUGAUGUCAAAAUAGCUGCGGCAGUGGCUGAGGAAACAAGACUGCCAUUUGUGACAGCAGAAAACAAGUUUGAAGCUUUGGCUGCCCAUGAUGCUUUUGUUGAAAGUAGUGGAGCCCUUAACACAAUAGCUACCUCUCUAAUGAAGAUUGCAAAUGACAUACGUUUAUUAGGAAGUGGUCCUCGAUGCGGCCUUGGUGAACUCGUACUUCCAGAAAAUGAACCAGGCAGCAGUAUUAUGCCAGGAAAGGUUAAUCCUACCCAGUGUGAGGCGCUUACUAUGGUCUGUGCUCAGGUUAUGGGAAAUCAUGUGGCCAUUACAGUGGGUGGAUCAAACGGCCAUUUUGAGUUAAAUGUUUUCAAGCCUAUGAUUGCUAGUAAUCUCUUGCAUUCUGUGAGAUUGCUCGGCGAUGCAUCUGCUUCCUUUGAGAAGAACUGUGUGAGGGGAAUUCAAGCUAAUAGGGAAAGAAUUUCAAAAUUACUUCAUGAGUCGCUAAUGCUUGUCACAUCGUUGAAUCCUAAAAUUGGUUAUGAUAAUGCAGCAGCAGUUGCCAAGCUAGCUCAUAAAGAAGGAAGUACCCUAAAGGAAGCUGCAUUGAAACUUCAAGUGCUUACCAGUGAAGAAUUUGAUAGCCUUGUGGUGCCUGAAAAAAUGAUUGGCCCAUCCAACGGAUGACGGUUUCCUGAGACCCCAGCUUCACCUGUCCAGGGUAUUCAUUGUGGUUCUUGCAACAUGUUAAAUAACUAGAUAGGGAAUAAUGGUGAGUGGUGAGUUUACUUCGAUCCAACUAAACAUAUUCUUGGAGGUUUUCCCGCGAGCUAGCUAGCUGGCCAAGUUUCUCUUAUUUGUCGGAUUAGGAACAUCAGCUAUUUAUGGGUUUAAUAAUGAAAUGCCUCCCUCAUUUUGUAAGGUAGGUUCACCAUACUCGAGAAAAUUACAUGCGGCAAUGAAAAACGUUAUUCUUUCAUCA